AUGUCCCGUGACCUACAAAAUCAUUUGUUAUUCGAGACCGCAACCGAGGUUGCUAAUAGGGUCGGUGGUAUUUACUCAGUGCUAAAGUCCAAGGCCCCCAUUACCGUUGCACAGUAUAAGGACCAUUACCAUUUGAUUGGGCCCUUAAAUAAAGCCACCUAUCAAAAUGAAGUUGAUAUACUGGAUUGGAAGAAGCCUGAAACCUUCUCCGACGAAAUGAGGCCCGUACAACACGCCUUACAGACAAUGGAGGCGAGAGGUGUUCAUUUUGUUUAUGGGAGGUGGCUGAUUGAAGGUGCUCCGAAAGUAAUUCUUUUUGAUCUGGAUUCUGUGAAAAGUUAUUCGGACGAAUGGAAGGGGGACUUGUGGUCAUUGGUAGGAAUUCCUUCUCCCGAAAAUGAUUUCGAGACGAACGAUGCUAUCUUAUUAGGUUAUACGGUCGCUUGGUUUCUAGGUGAAGUGGCUCACUUGGAUUCUCAGCAUGCAAUUGUUGCGCACUUUCACGAAUGGUUAGCCGGCGUUGCGUUACCCUUAUGCCGUAAAAGGCGUAUUGAUGUAGUUACCAUUUUUACUACUCAUGCCACUCUAUUGGGAAGGUAUUUAUGUGCUUCCGGUAGUUUUGAUUUUUACAACUGUCUAGAAAGUGUUGAUGUCGAUCAUGAGGCUGGCAAAUUUGGCAUAUACCAUCGUUACUGUAUAGAAAGGGCUGCGGCUCAUUCUGCGGACGUUUUCACAACAGUGUCACAAAUUACCGCUUUUGAAGCAGAACAUCUUUUGAAAAGAAAACCUGACGGGAUCUUGCCCAAUGGUCUAAACGUUAUCAAAUUUCAAGCGUUCCACGAGUUCCAAAAUUUGCAUGCUUUGAAAAAGGACAAAAUCAAUGACUUUGUGAGGGGUCAUUUCCAUGGUUGCUUUGAUUUCGAUCUAGACAAUACCUUAUACUUUUUCAUUGCUGGCAGAUACGAGUACAAAAAUAAAGGUGCCGACAUGUUCAUUGAAGCCCUAGCCCGUUUAAAUUAUAGACUGAAAGUAUCUGGAUCUAAAAAAACAGUAGUUGCGUUUAUUGUCAUGCCUGCCAAAAACAAUUCGUUCACCGUUGAGGCUUUGAAAGGUCAAGCAGAAGUUAAAGCAUUAGAAAAUACUGUAAAUGAAGUGACCUCAUCAAUUGGCAAAAGAAUAUUCGAUCAUGCCAUUCGGUAUCCUCAUAAUGGGCUGACCACGGAAUUACCCACGGAUUUGGGCGAAUUAUUGAAGAGCUCCGAUAAAGUUAUGUUGAAGAGACGUAUCCUAGCUUUAAGGAGACCUGCGGGGCAGUUACCUCCAAUAGUAACACACAACAUGAUCGAUGAUGCUAAUGACCUAAUUCUGAAUAAAAUUAGACAGGUUCAACUAUUUAAUAACCCAAGUGACCGUGUCAAAAUGAUUUUCCACCCUGAGUUUUUGAACGCAAAUAAUCCAAUCCUUGGUUUGGAUUAUGAUGAAUUUGUUCGUGGCUGUCAUUUAGGUGUUUUUCCUUCAUACUAUGAACCUUGGGGGUACACACCCGCGGAAUGUACCGUAAUGGGUGUUCCUUCCAUCACAACCAACGUCUCUGGUUUCGGGGCCUACAUGGAAGAUUUGAUUGAGACCAACCAGGCUAAAGAUUACGGUAUUUACAUCGUAGACCGUCGUUUCAAGGCACCUGACGAAUCUGUGGAACAACUGGUUGAUUACAUGGAAGAAUUUGUAAAAAAAACAAGAAGACAAAGAAUUAACCAGAGAAACAGAACAGAGAGGUUGUCUGACUUAUUGGACUGGAAAAGAAUGGGUCUUGAAUACGUAAAGGCAAGACAGUUAGCGUUAAGAAGAGGCUAUCCUGACCAAUUCAGAGAAUUGGUCGGUGAAGAACUAAAUGAUACUAACAUGGAUGCUUUAGCGGGGGGUAAGAAACUAAAAGUCGCAAGGCCGCUGAGUGUGCCAGGCUCACCAAGAGAUUUAAGAUCGAACAGUACAGUUUACAUGACUCCUGGUGAUUUGGGGACUUUGCAGGAAGCUAAUAAUGCGGACGAUUAUUUCUCAUUAGGCGUAAAUCCUGCGGCCGAUGAAGAUGAUGAUGGCCCAUACGCCGAUGAUAGUUGA